AUGAAUAACGUUGAUAUUGGAAAAUACAAGAGAAUCGUGCAGUACCUCUGGGAUCCCGAGCCGAAGAAUGACGAUGAACCUGGCUCGCCCAUCUGGUGCCUCGGGCGAGAGUAUCAGCCACUGACUCCUCCGCAACCACAACCACCAUCACCACAUGUCCAGGCGGUUGAUACCGGCACCAAGGACGCCGGCGAUGACAAAAAGACACAGGAUGAACAAAAAAAUCACUUAGAUCAGACCACAAAUGCAAGCCCGACAAGAUCAUCGGAUAGUGCUACAAAGCCACAGAGGCAUCUACUGCCCUUCGCAAUCCAUCGUGGAUCAACAACAAGCCCUCUGGGACAGCAAGGACAGCAGCAUUGGCCAGACGCUUUCCUCGAUGAUUUUGAAUCAAAGAUAUGGCUUACUUAUCGCUCCAACUUCCCGCUGAUCCCCAAGUCCAACGACCCGAACGCUUUGUCGGCCAUGACAUUGGGUGUCCGCCUUAGAAGUCAACUGGUUGAUUCGCAGGGAUUCACGACGGAUACUGGAUGGGGUUGUCGAGAUUCGUGGAACACGGAGCUUCCGCAUGUGGCAAAUACCCUGGGGAAUGGUUUGGCCCGUCCGCAACAGCAAGAUGCAUCCACCUGCAGAGCAUUAUCGAGCGAAUGCGAACACGCCGGCCUCAAUGUCUACGUCACAAGUGACGGCUCAGAUGUCUACGAAGAUCGAUUCCGGGCAAUAGCCAGCGCAGGCGGCACAGGUGCUGGUACGAGCACAGACGUCCACCCCACCCUAAUCCUCCUGGGGAUCAGGCUGGGCAUCGAUCGCGUUACACCAGUUUACUGGGAAGCGCUCAAGGCCGUAUUGAAAUAUCCACAGUCCGUAGGGAUAGCUGGCGGCCGCCCUUCCUCCUCCCACUACUUCAUCGGCGCCCAAGCGUCCCACUUCUUCUACCUGGACCCGCACCAUACCCGCCCAGCCCUCGCCUACCACGACGCGGGCGAUAGACCGUACACCACUGAAGAGCUGAACACCUACCACACGCGUCGGCUGCGGCGUUUACAUAUCAAGGAUAUGGACCCCAGUAUGCUGAUUGGCUUCCUGAUUCGUGACGAGGAUGACUGGAAUUCGUGGAAGAGGAGCGUGCACAAUGGCGCGAUGAUCGGGACAGGGAAAGCUAUCAUACACGUGUUUGAUAAGGAGAAGUCACCGUUUGGUGGGCAUGGGCCGGAGAGGGAAGGGGCGGUUGAUGAAGUGGAGUCGCUGGAUGAUGAUGACGACAACGACGACGACGACGAUGACGAUGUCAACAAAUGUGAAGAUCAUGAUGCGAGUGUUGAUGACGAUAAUGAUGUGAGCAUCCGCGAAGACGCCGGGGAUAGCUCCAGUUUCCUACAUAUAUCAAAAUAA